CACAACCACACAGCCCUUUUCCAGGUCCCCGCCCUGUCCAGAUCCAGAUGGGAGCUCCACCGCUGCCCUUCUCCCUGCCCCACGCCGCUCUCUUCUGAUCCCGCACUCGCCGCCGACCCCACCGCCGGAGCGAUCUCCACAUUUCCCACAGCCUAUUCGCCCCACCAUCCGCCGCAGCCGUCCGUAGAGCCCACCACGCCGUCGUCCACUUGGAGUGAGCAGCCGCGGCCGCAGCCGCAGCCGCAGCCGCUGCAAAGCAGCCACCGGUUCCCCUCUCCUUCCGCCGGCGCCACCGUUCUACGGAAGAGGGGAUAAUCCCUCGGCCUCGAGUGAAGGGCCGCCGCGCCUCUCUCCGCGGGACCCGCCGCCGCCUUGAGGGAAGGAAGACAAGACUCCCUGUCUCUGGACUGAAGUGGCCACACUCCCACCGUCCGACUUACACAGGCAUACCUGCUCAGGCAAGCCUAGCAGGCAUUCGCGGGCCAACUGUGGAUCGCCUCCAAGGAGAGCUACGAGCUGCGAGCGGCGGCAGACGGAGCGCCGCCGUCGUCUCGGACCUCGGUGUCCUCCUCCUCCUCCGACUGCCUCCCCGCAAGCCCGCGGCCCGCGGCCUCCACCCGGCGACCCCUUGUGGCGGCCUGCGCGCGACCGUUCCGUUCCCCCAGCGGUGGUGAGCGCUCCUCCCAGAUCCCAUCUUGCUUGCGCGCUCGCACCUUCCGCUCGUUCGGCUGGGUUUCGUUUUGGUUCCCAUAGAAAGUUGUAUCCUUUUCUCGGCCGGGGUUGCCGCGGAGAGGGCUAGGAGCGGCGGAAAUGGCGUUGUUUUUCUGCCCCUUUUAUUGGCUCCAAAUUUGUUGCACGAGAGGGAUUUUCUUUCUUUCAUUUCGUAGCUGUUCCUGGUAUUCCAUGCUCCCUCGAUUUUCCUUCCAGCAAUGCUCGAGGCCGCAGCGGAUUGCAACAACCGGAUUCGCCUUUCAAAAAUUAGAAUGCUAACCGUUCAAGCUUGAUGUAGAGCGACUACUUGAUUUAUGCUGCAAGCUGUGAUGCCCCAAGUGCCGGUGACAGAGGGAGCCUGAAGGCGUACACAGAGAAGCCGUGUUCAGUAGGCGGGAGCGUGUGUCUAGCGUGUGUGGGACCUACGGGUCAGGGUCGGCAGGAGAGGGUUAAUACCCCGUGCCGUGUAAGAGACAACAACUUAUUCUGAAUCUGAAACAGAACUCCGUGUUCUUCGGGUGACAGGGUCCUCCGCCCGUCCCCGCCCCGAAUUUGCUCUCCCCUUUGUGAUUUCUCACGUCGCGAUUUCGGUUGCGGCCACGGGGCAUUACAAUUGGUAUCAGAUUCAGUAUCCUUGGUGCGCUCCCGCUUGAUUUCUGUUGGUGUUCGUUCCUGUCCCCAAUCGAAUCUGCCAUUCCGGUGAUUUCGAUCUGCGCCGCCGAGUUCUCUGCCAAUCUCGGCGCCCACUGCCAAGCGCCGGUUAGCUAUUCCAGCGCCGUCGCCCACAUACGUUCUUCGCCGCUUAGGUUGCUAGUGGGGAUCGGGCGCUCUGGGCUGAGAGAUCCUUCGAUUGUAUCUGACUUCGGGCACUACGUCGACCACUUCGACGCAGUUCGUGGUCUCCGUGUGUGAUUACUGAAUUCCGUCGGCUUUGCGUCGUGCUCGAGCCCGUUGGGGUUUCAUCAAUUCGAGUCCCGUUCGCUCUGCUUCCGGUGUAAUCACCACGGCGCCCCCUAAGCCAUCUGUUCAGACCCAAUUCGUACUCUCGGCGAUGGAGCAAGCUGCAGAGCGGGAUCAGGCACGCUGGGAUCAAGUGGACAACAACUUCGAUCUCCUGUUCGCUCGCAUGGAGGACAUCCUCGGUACACAGAUCAAGCUGGAGGCGCAGCAAGACCUGACAACCAAGGUGGUCGAGCAGAUGAUGAAAGACCAGCAAAUUCUGGCCAAGCAGAUUGAGAACACCGGGCAAGCAGUGGCGAGGAUGACUUUGGACGCAACGCGAAGACCACAUCGGGAACCACCAAGUCCCACGGCUUCAGAGGUUUCGGCAGACAACCCAUUCCACCGUGAUCCCUCAGGUAUUCCACAUGUUACCCCUCCCCCACGCCAGGAUCGGGGACCUCUGCGUUCAGGUACCGGCGGGUCUCAUCGGUUCAAACCAGCGGUUCCCAAGUUGGCCUUCCCACGUUUUGAUGGUCUUAACCCAAGGAUUUGGAAAUCUAAGUGUCAAGAUUAUUUCUCUGUAUGAUGUACCUGAUGCUAUGAAAGCCACAUUUGCAUCUCUGCACAUUGAUGAUAAUGCAGCUAAGUGGUUAUAAGUGUACAAGAGACAGCAUGGCCUGGCUGAUUGGCAAACUUUCAUUGAUGCUGUAGAAGAGAAGUUUGGGGCUUCAAAUUACAGGGAUGCCAUGGAAGAGUUAUUGAACCUGACACAAACCUCUAUAGUGGAGCAAUAUGCUACUGCUUUUGAGAAUUUACAGUAUGAGAUUUGUAUGCACAAUGAAGGAUUUGGGGAGCUUUUCUUUGUCUCUCAGUUUGUUAAAGGCCUCAAGUAUGACAUUGGAGCUGUGGUCCAGUCACAACUUCCUCAGACAAUUGAUAGAGCAAUUUUGCUGGCUAAAGUGCAACAGCAAGUUCUGGAAAAGGGCAAGACUAGGCUUCAGAAAUCUUCUUUUCCUACCAGACAACAAUCUUGGUCACCUAGACAUGAGUCUAAGCCUCUAAGGCCAAUGUUCCUACCCCAUCUAUGUCUAAGGAAAGACUACUGCUGAAUUACAGCAAAACCAACAAUCUCUGUUACUACUGUGGAGAGAAAUAUGAUCCUGCUCAUGCUGCUACUUGCACACAAAGGCCCAAAGCUCAGGUCAAUGCACUAGUGGUGAAUGAUUUAGAUAUGCCCCUAUCUGAAGAAGUGGUUGCCCAAUUGGAGUUAGAAGAUUCUCUCACCAAUGAAUUUGGGCAGUUAUCCCUAAAUGCUAUAGCUGGGACAGAUCAACGACAGACACUGAAACUCAGAGCUCUGGUGAAAAACAAGGUUAUGCUUACUCUGGUGGAUAGUGGGAGUACCCACAGUUUUGUCAGCUCCCAAUUCUUGCAGCAGGUUGGGAUUACACCUAUUCCAACAGUUCCUACUUCAGUCAAAUUGGCUAAUGGGCAGGUGCUGAUAUCAGACCACUGGGUUCCACAGCUAUCUUGGUGGUGUGAUGGUUUCACUUUACAUACUGAUAUGAAAGUGCUGGACAUAGGUGCUUUUGAUGCUAUACUGGACUUUGAUUGGUUACAGAAAAACAGUCCUACGACUUGUGAUUGGGAGAACAAACUCAUUCAAUUCACACAAGGAGCUCAUGAUGUCAGGCUGCAGGGCAUUAAAAUACAAGAUUCUGAGAUUUCCCAAUUGCCUGCUGAUAAAUUGUAUAAGUGGUGGAAGGGUAAUGAUAUUUGGGCUUUGGUGAUGCUAGUUCCUGCGGCUCAGCCUAUCCAUUCAGAUGUUUGUCACCAGGUGGAGCAGCUGUUGGAUAAAUAUCAGGAGAUAUUUCAGGAUCCCAAGAAGUUACCUCUUGAGAGAGCUUAUGAUCACACUAUACCAUUGCUUCCUAUGGCUAUUCCAGUUAAUGCUCGGCCAUACAGGUACUCUCCUUUGCAUAAGGAUGAGAUUGAGAGACAGGUGAGAGAAAUGUUGACUGCUGGGUUGAUAAUCCCAAGUACCAGACCUUUUGCAUCUCCUGUACUAUUGGUUCAGAAGAAAGAUGGGAGUUGGAGGUUUUGUGUAGAUUACAGAAGGUUGAAUGAUAUGAUCAUAAAGAAUAGAUUUCCUAUGCCUCUUAUUAAAGAAAUCAUUGAGGAGUUGGCUGGCAGUUCCUACUUCACCAAAUUAGACAUGAAGUCUGGUUAUCACCAAGUUAGAAUGAAACAAGAAGAUGAAUACAAGACAGCUUUCAAAACCCAUCAUGGUCAUUAUCAGUUCAAAGUAAUGCCAUUUGGGUUGACCAAUGCCCCAGCAACCUUUCAGUGCAUCAUGAAUGAAGUGCUGGCCCCUUUUCUCAGAAAAUUUGUAAUGAUAUUCCUAGAUGAUAUAUUGAUAUACAGCCCAGAUUUGGAUAGCCACUUGGCCCACCUGGAGCAGGUGCUAGAGACUUUGAGAACCAACCAGCUUUACAUAAAGAAAAGCAAAUGUUCUUUUGCUCAAGGACAAGUGGAAUAUCUUGGACAUGUGAUUUCAGGGAGAGGAGUUGCUACUACUAGUGACAAAAUAGAAGCCAUGUUGAAAUGGCCUGUUCCCAAAAAUGUUACUGAUGUGAGAGCAUUUUUGGGAUUAACCGGUUAUUACAGAAGAUUUGUUAAGGAUUAUGGUUACAUUGCUAAACCAUUAACUCAGUUGUUGAAGCACAAACAGUUUCAGUGGUCUCCAGCUGCCCAGGUUGCGUUUGAACAACUGAAACAGGCUAUGGUUAGUGCCCCGGUCUUAGCCUUGCCUGAUUUCAAGGAGAGUUUUGUGGUAGAGACAGAUGCAUCAGACAUUGGAAUUGGUGCCGUACUUAUGCAGAAAGACAGAUCCAUUGCUUUCUUGAGUAAGGCUCUUGGUGACUCACACAAGACUAAAUCCAUCUAUGAAAAGGAGUUCCUUGCCCAGAUCAUGGCAGUAGAGAAGUGGAGACAAUACUUACAGCGGCAAGAAUUCAUCAUUAGAACAGAUCAUCAAAGUUUAGCUUAUUUGACAGAGCAGAAUCUACAUUCUGAGUUGCAAAGAAAGGCGAUGACACAUCUUAUGGGGCUACAAUUCAGAGUGGUGUACCGCAAAGGCAGGGAAAAUCCAGCUGCGGAUGCACUUUCCAGGGUGGGUCAUAUGAUGGCCAUACAGGCCAUGUCUUCUGUUCAGCCACAAUGGAUACAAGAAGUCACCAAUUCUUAUGUUACUGACAAGAAAGCACAAGAUUUAUUAGCUCGUUUGAUCUUGGUCAGUCCUGAUAUUCAUGGAUUUUCCUUGGACAAUGGGGUCAUUAGGCAACAUGGCAAGAUAUGGGUAGGGCACAACUCAGCUGUUCAGACCAGGAUCAUAGCUGCUAUGCAUGCAAGUCCUGUGGGGGGACAUUCUGGUCAGAAAGCCACCUUCCAUAGGGUCAGCAAUAUGUUUGCUUGGAAAGGGCUGAAGCGAGAUGUGGUCAAUUUUGUGCAACAAUGUGGUGUUUGUCAACAAGCCAAGCAUACUCACACUCAUCCAGCUGGUCUGUUACAACCUCUUCCUAUUCCUGAAGGAGUCUGGAGGGACAUUUCCUUGGAUUUUGUGGAAGGUUUGCCUAAGGUCGAUGGUUACAGUGUAAUUCUGGUGGUUGUUGAUCGAUUCACAAAGUAUGCUCACUUUAUGGCUCUUAAACAUCCUUAUACUACCCUUUCAGUUGCCAAGGUAUUGUAUGAUCAAGUGAUCAAGUUACACGGUAUGCCGCAAUCUAUGAUCUCGGACCGUGACAAGGUGUUCACUAGUACAGUUUGGACAGAGUUAUUCAAGAUGGAAGGUGUUCAACUUAAGUAUAGUACAGCUUAUCAUCCUCAAACGGACGGCCAAACGGAGCGGGUUAAUCAAUGUUUGGAGAUGUACCUUCGGUGUGCUGUCAGUCAAUCUCCCAGGCAGUGGAAGGCAUGGUUAUCACAGGCUGAAUUCUGGUACAAUACGACGUUCCACUCCUCUCUGGGCUGUUCUCCAUUUCGAGCUCUUUAUGGGUAUGAUCCCACGGUGGGUGCUAUGUUGGAUGCUACUGUCAAACCUCCGGCCUCGAUUGCAGAGUUUGUUAUUGAUCGUCAGUUGCAGUGUGGGUUACUGCGCGACCAACUGGCGCGUGCACAACUUCGCACGAAACAAAAUGCAGAUCGCAAACGCAUAGAUGUGGAGUUUCAGGUGGGCGAUCAAGUUUUGCUGAAGUUGCAACCGUAUGUUCAGACCUCAGUUGCCAGUCCAUUCCCAAAGUUGGCACUGAAGUACUACGGCCCCUUCGCAGUUCUGGAGCGAGUAGGUGCGGCAGCGUACAAGCUAGCGCUUCCACCUGACAGUCUCAUCCACCCUACCUUCCAUGUGUCACAGCUUAAACCAUUUCGUCCAGAUUUCACACCGGUAUACUCUACCCUUCCUUCUUCUGUGGAUUUACAUACUGUUGAAUUAGAACCUGAGCAGGUGUUGGAGCGCCGACUGGUGAAGAAAGGCAAUGCAGCAAUUCCACAAGUGUUGAUCAAAUGGACUCGACUACCUGAAGCUUCUGCUACUUGGGAAGACUACAAUGUCGUCAAGGCGCGCUUCCCGGCUGCACCGGCUUGGGGUCAAGCCAGUUCUUCAGCGGGGGGAGAUGUAAUGCCCCAAGUGCCGGUGACAGAGGGAGCCUGAAGGCGUACACAGAGAAGCCGUGUUCAGUAGGCGGGAGCGUGUGUCUAGCGUGUGUGGGACCUACGGGUCAGGGUCGGCAGGAGAGGGUUAAUACCCCGUGCCGUGUAAGAGACAACAGCUUAUUCUGAAUCUGAAACAGAACUCCGUGUUCUUCGGGUGACAGGGUCCUCCGCCCGUCCCCACCCCGAAUUUGCUCUUCCCUUUGUGAUUUCUCACGUCGCGAUUUCGGUUGCGGCCACGGGGCAUUACACAAGCCUGCAACCGGCAGGUCUCGGCAGGCGUCUGCAAGCCUGCCUGAUUAUGCUGCAAAAACCCGGCAGGAGAUAGUAGAUUACUGAUAUUAGUUGGCGGACUCCUGCAGAGCAAUAAAUUAGUGCUUGCAGGUGAAGCGGGAGGCUCUGCAGGUGUCUGCAGACGGGCCCGCCUGCAUCUUGAGAAAAACUGAUGUUAUGCACUCCAUUCUACUGCCGAGUUGAUAUGAGUUGCCAGAUACGCGCACAACACAAAAUGUAUCUUUUCUGAAACUACAACAUGAAAUGCGUGUGAUUAUAUGAAAUAGCUCAAGAAUGUGAGAUCUCCGCUGUCAAAUUACAUUUCUAAAGAAAGAAAAAAAAGGGAAAUGGGGAUUGAUUUUCACAUCAUACAACUAACCUGCACUUUGUGAUUUGCUUUUUGGUUCAUGGAUCUACUGUUCCUUAGGUUGCGCACAUUAUUUUUUUUCUCAGGAUGACAUGAACCCUAAUGCUUAUUACUAACUAUUAUUUACAUUUAUAUAUGCUUUGCUUAUUCAAUUCAGGUAUAACAAAUUUUGAUAUUAUUCAUAAUGGAUUUAUUGCAGACAGGAUAUGUUACCUUUGCCUGCUUGGAUGUUACUUCCAUUUUAACCUGUAAAUAUAUAUAUCGUCCUUCGAUUAUGGCUACUAUGGUUGAAGGGUGUGUUGGUCCAAGUGAGCUUCACCUGAAGAAGGAACUUAUUGCCUUGAGAAAGGCACGUUUCUUGCGUGAUCCCGAAACAUGCUCAUCCUGGAGGUCACCAUUAAGUUCUAAAUCAUUCUUAACAACGUCUGGUGUUACACAUCACAAUGGGAUUGGCAGUAGUCUGUCGCUACAGCACACAGAGCCAGCUGCUGUAGCUCCCAAAAGUGAAAAGAAAAGGAAAAAUGUUUAUCUAUACAAUUGGAGGCAUCAUUCUAACAAAUCCAGCGAAAGCGGGAUCAAGUUGGAUGUGGAUGAUAAGCAAGCCUCAGCAGACUGUAGCCUGGAAAGCCCAUGCAUUUCUAAUGGCGUGGAUUCUAGGAGUGACACAUGCCUGGAAGUUCCUGUCAGCAUAUACAGCGUUCAAGGCUCGAAUUCAUGCACUCCUGUUAAAAGAACUGUUAGAAGGGUGAGGAGGAGUUCAUUUUCAAAGAAAGGAGCUAUGAGAAAUUCAACCGUUUCAAAGUUGCUAGAUCUCCAUGUGAACUCAGGUGAGCAGUCUGAGGAUACUGAGAAUUACAACUCUGAGAAUCACGAGCAGCUUCAGAAGGCAGGCUAUUUUUCUCGCUCGACAUCACCACUUUUUGCUGCAUCGGGAUGUUUUAGCUCAUCGAAUCCCUCAAAGCUGCUGAGAGUUCCAAGAAGAGAAGGCUCUUCCUUUUCUUGCACUCCGGUCUCGACUAGCUCCAAUUACAGGUACAAAGGGAGGAAUCCUAGUACUGUAGGUUCAUGGGAUGGAACAACUGCUGCAUCACUUGAUGACGAUGGGCUGAACCAACCAGAACUGUUGACGAGUAGGUGUGGCAUUCCAUGCUAUUGGUCAAAGAGGAGUAGACAAAAGGGAUCUGAAAGGAGCUGUUCUCCUUCACUUUCUGAUACACUUAGAAGAAAAGGUAGCAGCCUUUUAUGUGGUAGUCAGACAAUGCAUCGAAGGAAGAAAUCAUCAGGCUCCAAUAAAUAUGGAUAUCUUAACAAAUCUUCCCAAGGUGUGCCGCUGUUGGGUGAUAGUAGUCAUUUUGCGUAUUCAUCAUUUGAUUCGGCAAGUGAAGUUUCAACCAUCUUUGGAGAACUAGAUCUGGAAGCUUUGAGCCGUUUGGAUGGCAGAAGGUGGUCGAGCUGUAAAAGCCAGGAUGGGAUUGCACUGUCUGUGGGUGGAGCUGAUCAUGGAGUUCCAGACCACAGAAGCUUAAGCCAGAAAUAUCGACCAAGGUCAUUUCUCGAAAUUGUUGGUCAAAAUUUUGUCGUACAAUCACUUGGUAACGCCAUCACAAGGGAAAGAAUAGCCCCAGCAUAUCUGUUCCAUGGACCUCGUGGGACUGGGAAAACAUCUGCUGCAAGAAUAUUUUCAGCAGCUUUAAGUUGUACUGCUUCCAGAGAGGCCAAGCCCUGCGGAAUUUGUACAGAGUGCAGUGACUUCUUCACUGGAAAUGGAAUCAAUCUAAUUGAGGUUGAUGCUACCAACAGAAAAGGCAUAAACAGAGUUAGGCACUUGAUUGAAAAUAUACCAGCCUCUGCAACUUCUUCACGGUACAAAGUAUUUGUUGUUGAUGAAUGCCAUAUGGUAUCUUCUAAAGUCUGGUCAGCAUUUAUGAAAUUUCUUGAUGAACCGUUGCCUCGUGUUGUCUUCAUAUUUAUAACAAUAGACCCCGAAAACCUCCCUCGUUCUGUCAUAUCACGUUGUCAAAAGUACAUGUUCGCCAAGAUCAAAGACAUUGACAUAGUAUGCCGAUUGAGGAAAAUUGCUAUGAAGGAAAACCUUGAUGUUGAAUUGGCCGCUUUAGAUUUGAUAGCGCUAAAUUCAGAUGGAUCGUUGAGAGAUGCAGAGACAAUGUUAGAUCAAUUGUGUUUACUAGGGAAGAAGAUAACACCAUCACUUGUAAAUGAUCUGGUUGGGGUUGUGUCCGAAGAGAAACUCCUUGACCUAUUGGAGAUUGCCAUGUCAUCAGACACUGCUGAAACAGUCAAAAGAUCAAGAGAGCUGAUGGAUUCUGGUGUUGAUCCAAUGGCAUUAAUGUCACAACUAGCUGGGCUCAUAAUGGACAUCAUUGCUGGGACCUAUAGAUUAGCAGAUCCUACUUGCGGUGGAGAUGGAAUUGGUGGUCGAAAUAUAACUGAUGCUGAGUUGGAAAGAUUACAACAAGCAUUGAGGAUUCUUUCUGAUGCUGAAAAACAGAUAAGACUUUCAAGCGAGCGUUCGACAUGGUUCACUGCAGCUUUACUCCAGCUUGGCUCUGGUCAUAAUUUAGAAAUAAUCCAAUCGAGAAGCAGCAGUAAGCAAAGCGUUAAAGCAACCAGUGAAACCAUGAUGGAAUCAGUGAGAGAAUCUUCUGCGAGCAGGACUACAUCUCAUCCUUUAUUCACUUUCCGUGAUUCAAAGAAAGCACUGGAUCUGAAAACAACCAGUGGGCACUCCAGUCCUCAAGGCCCUUCAUUGUCAUCCAGGAUGAAACCCAAUGAUAACAUUAUUUAUGGUGAAUGUAGGUCUGUUGAUAGAGCAUUACUGGAUUCUGCUCAGACAAUUAUUCCUUCUGAACAAAGGCCUACAAAUAGUGGAAUCUCAGAUAACCUUACCAGAAUUUGGAUGAAAUGCAUAGAGAACUGCCACUCCAAGACAUUGCGGCAGCUUCUCUAUGAUCAUGGGAAACUAGCAUCUGUCAAAGAAUGUGAAGGCACCAUUGUUGCUUUUCUAGCAUUUGAGGACAAUGACAUAAAGUUUCGAGCCCAAAGGUUUGUUAGCAGCAUCAGGAACUCAAUGGAAACUGUACUAAAAUGCAAUGUGGAAGUAAGGAUUUGUUUAAUGCAAGAAUUUCUCAAUGGUGGACUACAGCAUCAGGCAUAUCCGGAUGAAACAGGCGAGUCUGAUGUCUUGAGUUGCUCAACAAACAGUGAGCGUCUGAAGGGAGUUCUGAAUCCAUCAGGUGCUGGUGGUGGACUGCAGUCAAACAAUGUUCCCAUGAUCAUCUCUGAUGGAAAUUCAGGAAUACAUAGAACAAGAUCGCAGGAGGCCUCUUUUGAACAGUUGAAGACAGCAGCUCUUGAUGAGCAAAGGUUAGAGAGUGCAUGGCUCCAGGCUGCUGAAAAACACACACCUGGAAUGUUAAAUCAAGCAAGUCCUGAGAGAAAUCAAGUUCUUCCACAAACCAGUGGUCAGCAUCAUGGGAGAUCCUCAAUGGCCGCCGUUGUUCCUUCAAGGCAUGUUGACAAGGAUCUGACUAGUGAACUGAAAGCCUUAAAGAUCAAUGACAGUCAUGGUCCCCAGAAAUGUCAGAAUGUACAGACAGAGAGUGGUUAUGCUAUUUCACCAAGCCUCUUGCACAGAAACAACCAUUUGGCAAACUGUGACAAUGAGAGUGUGGUUUCUGAAUCCGGAGCACCAGGUUGCCAUGGGCUCUUCCCAUGUUGGAAAACUGAAAAAACAAAAAGAAGAAAGGGAAAAGGGCAGACACGGCUGAGGCCAUCUUAAGUUGGCGAUUGAGAUGCAGCGAUGCCCCUUGGUUGUGGAGAAACGGUUUGAAAGACGCCUGUGUGCCUCACAAAGACCUUGUUUCAUUCUUUCUAGGGGAUUCAUGACGGCCGAAUGAUUAUAUUUUCCUUGCAUUUGAUGCUUCUGCUCAGAGGAUUCAACAAAUGUUGGACAUGGAUUUUAACGAAUCCUUCUGAUCCAGCAAUGCUUGUUGUACAGACAUUUGGAUGUGUAUGCCCUUGCCAAGUCGCAGGGCUGAGGCGUGAGGCGGUCCGUGCAGUUAGGAAACAAGCAUUAGCCAGUUGAUCAGGCACAUUUUUUUGCAUUGUUUUUUACGGCAUUUGACAGCAUUUGAGUUUACAUUACAUUUAUUGUUCUACCAACCCUUUUUUUAUAAGAAAAGAAGACCCUAUGUCGUUUUAACUUGUGAUCUUAUCGAGUCUGUACAAGAACUGG